AUGGAGGGCGGAGGGAAGCAAUCGCGAUUGCUAGGUCGAUUGCUUGGCAAGCUGCGCGGCGAACACCGAACGCUGGACAAGAAUUUCUCAUUUUGUUCCACUGGUAUAAGUGAAACGGUGUGUUGUGCCAGCGGUACAGAGGAAGAAAUGGAUACUACCAGCACUCAGGCUUCCACCUCUAACACUACCAUUGACGAUGUGCAGUUUGCCGCAAAGCUAGACUUACGAUAUGGUGGUCAGUAUCUGACGCCAGAACAGCUUCCAGAGUUCUGUAACCAGUUGCAUCACCUCGUGGAAGUAAUACGAAAUAUACAGUCGUACGCCCAAGUCACUGGAGAAUAUCCCGCGGAACUAGAACGUCGCUUAGAACGCGAGGCCCGUGAAGUAGCGGCCUUAGCUGGGGAAGCUAAGAACGCUCGCGACGUUUGUGCACGUGUUACAACGCAGCGGAAUGCUUUACACCAGGAGCGCGGACAGCUUGUAGCGCAACUUGCGAAAUUGAGGGAAGUCGAAAUCCGCGAGCUGGAGAGUACCGUUCGUCAACAUGAUCGUAAGCUUUACAAAAAUUAUGAAGCUGUACGUGACUCCACUGAUGUCAGCGAUUUUGAACCACUCUUGGACGAAAUACGGACUAAACAAGCUGCUCUGGAAGGCUUGGAACGUUUAAUUGAAAACAAACGGAAGUCUAUUGCAACUCGCAAGCCGACACACGCUUUGCCUCUGCCAGCGCAUGAAGAUGGUCCACAUAGCUCGAGUCGCAAACGUCACGACAGCCGACGUUCAAAUAAGCGCAGGCGCAAGGACAUCCGCGAGCCGAGAUCGGUUCCGCUUUCUGGGGAACCUAGUGCGCAUGAGCCACAACAAGUGACCCUGUAUAUUCAAGGUUCCGCAAAUAGCUCCACCGGUUCCCGCCUCAGAACUGGAAGUGCGGCCGCCGUCACCUUGGGUUCCUUGGAACUUCCCCCUAGAGGCAGCGUCCGCGAUAUUCUCUUUUUCACCACCAACUCAACACUAUGA